AUGGCUAACGACGAUGUAAACACACUCAAAAGGCGUCGCGCAACAAUAUUAGGAUCAUGUACGAGGAUACGCAAUUUUGUAGAAGCGGCCGAAUCCGUUACACCGUCCGUAGCGGCUCAAUUUGAGGAACGUAAGAUUAAAUUGGAGAACCAUUGGACCGAAUAUGACAUCGUACAAACUAAAUUAGAGAUGCAUGACGAAUCCGAAGCAAAUCACCGCGUCACCUUUGAAGACGCGUUCUAUUCCUUGUCGGCCAAAAUUCGCGAAAUGCUCAAUAUUUCGACACGCGGUACGGCCAUGGUCGCGCCGGCAUCGUUAGAUGCGAACCAAGCGCAGGAAUCCGAUAGAAUAAAAUUGCCGAAGUUAGACAUUCCUAAAUUUUCCGGAAAAUAUGACGAAUGGUUUUCGUUCUACGAUACCUUCAAAUCAACGGUGCAUGAGAACAAAUCUCUCAGUAACGUUCAAAAAUUGCGUUAUCUAAAGAGCGCUCUUCUUGACAGCGCGCUCAAGCUAAUAAAUUCCUUAGAAAUUUCCGACAUAAAUUACGAGGUGGCAUGGAACUUAUUACAAGAGCGUUAUUGUAACCAACGUGUGAUCGUUCAGGAUCACAUAAGCGCGAUCUUAGAUUUAGCAACUAUGAAAAGAGAAAAUGUUAUCGAACUGCGACAAAUCGCAGAUGGCGCAACGACACACAUUCAGGCCCUUCAGGCUCUAAAGCGUCCUACAUCUGAAUGGGAUGAUAUAUUAAUUAUAAUUUUAAGUCGCAAACUUGACGCGCGCACUCUCCGCGAUUGGCGAUUGUCGCUAAAGGGUUCUGAACUGCCCACCUUAAAACAGUUUCUCGGCUUUAUAACACAUCGAUGUCAAACUCUCGAGACGGCUAGCAGACCGGAUGUCAAUUCUCCCAAAAAUGAAAAUACGCAGUCACAAUCCAACACGAAACGUCAGUCUUCGUGUACUGCGACGAUUAAAUCUAAAUGCGGUUUUUGUAACGGAGAGCAUCUCAUAUAUUAUUGUCAAAAUUUUUUAGCAUUGCCCAUCUCCCAAAGAGUUUUAGAAAUUCGUAAGCGCAAACUGUGCACCAAUUGUCUAAGAUCCAUUGAUCAUUCUUCAAAUAAAUGCCCAUCAAGCAAUUGCAGAGUUUGCAAGGCGAAACACAAUACAUUGCUUCAUCUUGCAACUGCCGAAACAAAGGAAAGGGAAAAACGCGAUCGCGCUACCGAAAGCGGCGCCGAAACGAGCCCGACCAGCUCUUCGGCUGCCGUAGUCACGCACUCCACACAUUCUCUUGAUGGCAAAUGCGUUAUGCUCUCUACUGCCGUCGUUUAUGCAUAUGAUAGCAAGGGCUCUCGCAAAUCUUGUCGCGUCUUACUGGACAGCGGUUCUCAAGCCAAUUUCAUAUCAAAAAGGUUCUCAGAUGCACUCGGACUUCCAACAAAUUCAAUCGACAUCUCGAUCUCGGGUGUAAACAAAACAGUCACGAGAUCGUCUAAAUCCACAACAGUAUGUUUACAGUCACGUACCAAUGCCUUCAGCAUUUCGAGCGAUUGUAUAAUCACAGAUCAAGUAACGAAUAAACUUCCCGCCUUUACCAUGAAAAGAAGUGCAUUUGAGAUACCGCAAAAUUUGAGAUUGGCUGAUCCGCAGUUCCACAUCUCAUCAGAAAUCGACAUAUUAAUAGGCGCGGAACACUUCUGGGACUUGCUCUGUGUCGGUCAAAUUAGGGCCUCCCCAACACAUCCGACGUUACAAAAAACGCGAUUCGGGUGGAUCUUAGCCGGACGACUGAGCGGCUCACCGACUUCCGGACAACGCAUACAAUCAUUUCACGCGACCGUGACCAACACGCAAUUACGCGAUCAAUUAUCGCUUUUCUGGCAAGUCGAGGACGUUGCUGAAAAUCCAAAUAAUCAUACGAUUGAGGAGGCUCAGUGUGAACAACACUUUUUGCAAAACUUAUCUCGAACUCCGCAGGGCAGAUUUGUCGUUAAGCUUCCGUGUAAGGAACCAGGUUUUGACAAACUCGGAGAGUCAAGGGACGUUGCCCUGAAAAGGCUGUAUAGCUUAGAAAGGCGUUUUAGACGCGAUCCCGAAUUAAAAAUUCAAUACUCUCAAUUCUUAAAUGAAUAUUUGGCAUUAGGCCACAUGAUGCAAAUUGACGAACAAUCCGAUGAUAAUUCGAAAUCCUUCUACUUACCUCAUCAUUGCGUCUUCAAGCCUACUCUGGGUUCCAACAAAAUUAGAGUGGUCUUCGACGCUUCGAGCAAAAGCUCUACUGGCACCUCUCUGAAUGAAGUACUAAUGGUGGGUCCAACCGUUCAACAGGAUCUACUAUCUAUAUUACUCCGAUUCCGCAUUUUUCGUUAUGUUCUCGCGGCGGAUAUCAUUAAAAUGUAUCGGCAGAUAAAGGUGCACCCCUCGCAAACGCGCUACCAACGCAUUCUUUGGCGGGACGAUCCGAAUUCCGACGUCAAGGUUUACGAACUCGUUACGGUUACAUACGGCACGUCUUCCGCUUCUUAUUUGGACACUCGGUGUCUCAAAUGGCUAGCCGAACGAUACUCAAGCAAAUAUCCGAGUGGCUCUACAUCCGUGGGACGCGAUUUUUAUGUAGAUGAUCUGCUCACGGGAGCCGAUACAAUUGAUCAAGCCAAAACAAUUCGCGAUGAGGUCAUUAAUCUAUUGCGCUUGGGAGGGUUCGAGCUCAGCAAAUGGGCAUCCAAUUGCCCUGACUUGUUGACGGACCUUAGCAAUCAAAAUAACAAUGUUAUUAUAAUCGACAAGGACUCAGAAUCAUCUCUUUUGGGGGUUCAUUGGAAUCAGACUAAAGACACACUCCUUUUUUCUUACAAAAAUAGCGACACUCAUGAUACAGUUUCCAAACGAACAAUUCUAUCUGAGGUGGCUCGAUUGUUCGACCCGCUAGGCCUAUUAGGCCCGCUUCAUGGCUUUUGUGAUGCAAGUCAGCGGGCGUAUGGAGCGUGCGUCUAUGUGCGUACGCAAUUCAAAAAAAAUGAAUAUCGCACCGAAUUGUUGACUUCUAAGUCUCGCGUUGCACCGCUCAAGGCUGUAUCUCUGCCGCGCCUUGAACUCUCGGCAGCAUUGUUGCUAGCGGGACUAAUCAAGAAAAUCGGCGCGUCAUUUGACCUGACCAACUUGCAAACGUUUUUAUGGUCAGACUCUACAAUCGUCCUGAACUGGAUAUCCUCACCGUCGCGACAAUGGUCCGUUUUCGUGGCUAAUCGAGUGGGCGAAAUCCAAGGCAUUACGGACCCAGAACGUUGGCGUCACGUCAAAUCUUCGGACAAUCCUGCCGACAUUUUAUCUCGUGGACUCAAUCCGCGUGAACUAGCAAGUUCAUCAAUAUGGUGGCACGGUCCCACCUUUUUACAACAAAGCGACGAGCUCUGGCCUAACAGUGAAUUCGUUCGCACAACAAAAAACCUCCCGGAACAAAGGCAAUGCCAUGCGGCCAUCGCCGUUUUCGAAAAUAACAUCGUAAAUGAGUUGCUUAAUAGACACUCAACUCUCAACAAAGCAUGUCGCAUUCUAUCAUAUUGCUUAAGGUUCUCUAAGCCUUAUCGCAAAUUUGCAUCGACCAAUUUCAUAUCUCACCAAGAAACUCAAUCAGCUCUGUGCAUCAUGUGCAAGGUAGUACAAGCUCAGACGUUCGCAGAGGAACAUAGGGCGUUAUGCAAGGGCAACGUUAUUAAUUCUUCAAGCAGCAUUUUGUCCCUCUCUCCAUUCAUAGGUAAAGAUGGAUUAAUUCGAGUGGGCGGAAGGCUAGACAAUUCAGAUUUGAAUUUUGACAUCCGCCAUCCGAUUUUACUACCGCGCAAUCACAUAUUAACCAAACGUAUAAUAGAGCAGGAGCAUCUGCGCAAUGCACACGCUGGCACACAAGCCACCAUGGCGGCAGUGAGACAACGGUUCUGGCCAAUCUCGAUGCGAUCAAUUACGCGAAAAAUUAUCAAAAAUUGUGUAACUUGUUUCAAAACAAAUCCUAUUUAUUCGGAGGCCAUAAUGGGUUCACUACCCGCAGGUCGCGUGACCAUUUCAAAACCGUUCUCCCACUGUGGGGUGGACUAUGCCGGUCCCUUUCUGCUACGCGAAUCGAAACGACGCAAUGCCCGUAGUCAUAAGGCCUAUCUGGCCAUUUUCGUGUGCUUCGCGACAAAGGGAGUGCACUUAGAACUCGUUAGCGACCUUACCAGCGAUACCUUUAUUGGCGCACUCAAACGAUUUGUGUCGCGUAAAGGAAAACCGAGUUGUAUGUAUUCCGACAACGGAACCACCUUCGUCGGAGCUCAAAGGCAAUUAAAGGAAUUUUUUGAUUUUCUAAGCAAUGAACAAACUCAAACUAGUGUUCAAUUCUUUUUACGUGACCAGGGAACUUCCUGGAAAUUUAUACCUCCCAACUCUCCGCACUUCGGCGGUUUGUGGGAGGCAGCAGUAAAAUCUGCAAAAUUACAUUUACAUCGAAUAGUCGGAAGAUCGCCUUUGACCUUCGAAGAGUUACAGACAAUAUUUUGUGAAAUAGAGGCGAUUCUGAAUUCGCGUCCGAUUACGCCACUAAGCGCUGAUCCUAACGACUUAGCCUAUUUAACUCCGGGUCAUUUCUUGGUUGGCACCGCCCUGAACAGUUUUCCUUACGAAAAUCUAAUCGAUAUUAAUGAAAACAGAUUAGUGCGUUGGCAGCAAAUCGAGCAAAUGCGGCAACAUUUUUGGCACAGAUGGAGCCGAGAGUACCUACAUACUCUCCAAGAACGUUCAAAAUGGAAAAUUAAUAAGGGCGAGCAGUUAAAGCUCAAUCAAAUGGUACUAUUGCAAGUACAGGGCCUUGCACCACUCCAGUGGCUACUAGGCCGAGUUGAAGAAAUUCAUCCGGGCGCCGACAAUGUUGUCCGUACCGCUACUAUCCGUACAGCAAGGGGUCUAUAUACUAGACCCCUGUCAAAAAUUGCUAUUUUGCCACUAGAUUCAUGA